AUUACUCGUGGCGCCAGCGUCUCGCAGGCAAUGUCUUUCGCGCGACGGCGAUUGCCGUUCAGUUCUGUGUGACCUUCGCCAAUGUGAUCAUGUCUGACCAAAGUGCUUUCCCGUGCAACUGCGCCACAUUAUUUCUGCUACUGCUCGCCACUCCAUGGAGCGCCAGUGUCCCGAUUCAAGGUGUCGUUCAAAAUGCAUUAAGAAACGGUCCAACGCAUCAAGGAUACUUUAAUGGCUUCGCAUUCGAAUUAGUCUUGAGUCGUUUGAGCGUGAUUGAUCAAAGUAUUAUGCAGCUACGACAAGAUGUUCGCUCACUACAAGAACGAGAUCAACAGGCGGAUAAUAUUACACGUCUAGAACAACGACUAGACAAUGUUGAGGUCCGUUUACAGGAGACCAAUGUACUCGGUGUACAGAUAAACGAUCAGCAAAGCCGUAUUAACUCUCUGUCAACCGAUCUGCUGGGCAUAACCAACAGACAGAGCCAGUUAGAAACCACCAUUGCUUCCUUUAGCCAGAGAGGACAUGGGCGACGACCUCAUCAUCAUCAUCAGGGUCAUCGAGGUUGAUAAUGCUGAUUACCACAUAAUGAAUUAACGUGGAAGAUAAAUUGAUGCCAAGUGCUUAAAAAUAAAUACUUUGCUUUUGCGCUUC